GUCGUCUGUUAGUCCAAGUAAUGACUCCUUAAAUUUGCAAUUGGUGUCGUCAUGGUGAGCAAGCGAGCGGGCAGCGGAUGAUAUUUAUGACGAGCGCGCCGGGGUCAUUGAACGCACCGCACGCGCAAGCAAGGACACAUGCGACAGACCGCAUCGGGAGGAGAGAGGAACAUUUCCAAAAAAAAAAAAAAAAAAGGACAUGUGCGCAUGUGAGGACUCCAAAGACAACUUUUUGGACGCGGGAGACCCCCCGGUGGAUGUUGUGGAUGAAGACAUGUCGACUGAGCCUCUUCUCGCCACGCGCUUGUGCGUGUGCGCCAGCUGCAACGAAGAAAUCGUUGAUAAAUAUUUAUUGAAGGUGAGCGACCUGUCCUGGCACGUGCGUUGCCUCUGCUGCAGCGUGUGCCAGGCCGCGCUGGGAGGCCACACCAGUUGUUACAUUAAGGACAAGAAGGUCUUCUGCAAGAUGGAUUAUUUCAGAAGGUUCGGCACGUGGUGCGCGUGCUGCGGCCGCCACAUCCACGCCACGGACUGGGUGCGGCGUGCCAAGGGCAACGUGUACCACCUGGCCUGCUUCGCCUGCUUCUCGUGCAAGAGGCAGCUGUCCACCGGAGAGGAGUUCGCGUUGGUGGAGGACAAAGUGCUCUGCAGGGUCCACUACGACUGCAUGCUGGACAAGCUCAAGAGGGCCGCCGACAAAGGCAACGGCGUGAACAUGGAAGGCGCCGUACCCACCGAACAAGAAAUUAACCAGCCCAAACCUUCCAAGAGAGCAAGGACCAGCUUCACUGCCGAACAGCUGCAGGUGAUGCAGGCGCAGUUUGCCCAGGACAACAACCCGGAUGCUCAAACGCUGCAGAAACUGGCCGAGCAGACGGGCCUCAGUCGACGAGUCAUACAGGUGUGGUUCCAGAACUGCCGAGCACGCCACAAGAAGCACGUGAGCCCCAACCACACGUCCGGCGCCCCCCUUACCUCUCUGCAGCCCGCCCGCCUGGCCCCGCCCACGCCCACCCCCGAGGAGCUCCAGUACACCACCUACGAGGGUCCGGAAGGUUCCAUGUUGUCGGCGCUGCACUCGUUCCUCGACAGUGAGCACCAGGCUUUUUAUGAACUACUAUACGAGUGACUACUUUUCACCCGAAUCGGCAUUUUUUUUUCACCUCACAAAAACGGUGUGUGGCACGGCAAUGCAAAGUGUCAUGCGCUGAUUCCCAAAGUGCAGUACGCCGGCUCCCUCUAGUGGCAUGCAAGAGAAUCACUAAAUCAAAUGUUCCGAUUGUGACGGCGGCUUCAACUUUUUUUUCUCAAUCCAGUCCAUUUGUUCAGCACGGUUAAGUUUCAAGUGCGAGAUAUUUGCGUGUUCAGAAAGGCUCAUAAUUGCCUACAGAGGCCACAAGAGGGCAGCAAAGCACUAUUUUUCAUUCAGGGAGGCUGUUUUAUAAUCUAACAGAGGCAACUCUCCGCAUUACAUUUUAUCCAUCCAUCCAUUUUCCGAACCGCUUGAUCCUCACUAGGGUCGCGGGGGGUGCUGGAGCCUAUCCCAGCCGUCUUCGGGCUUUGCUGUAAUAUCUGAAAAAAAAAAACAUUGCUUUGGCGUCAUCUUGUGGCAUCCCAGUGCCGAGAAAUCAGGCAGAGGUCAAUUGAGGAGCUUCAGAGAUAAAAGUUGAUGAAAGAUUAAAGGCAAAUGUACUGAAAUGUUCAAUCCAACUGAAAUGAACUGCAUUACGGCGGUGAUUCUUUCUUGUAUCACUUGAGCUACCGCUGGUGGUUCCAGUAGCACAAUUUGACCAUCACUGGCUGAGAUUUUUCAGGUGUACCUAAUGAAGUGGCCAAUUUAGGGGGCCGUGCUAGAAUAUAGGACACAAUGGAUUGAACACGGUUUCUUUCUUUUGUAAUAUUAUGAACGCGUCAUUUGUGAAAAUGUUCUGAUCAUUGCAAACCGUGAGACAUUCUAUCCAUGUCGCCUUCCUCAAAAUGUUUGAUUUUGUUUCAUAUUGUGAAGCCUCCCUGCCUGGAGUUGCUAAAUAUUCGUGAAAUCUCCUCAGAACGCAGCCCUCAAAAUCUGCUUACCAAUCGCAAAUGGGAUGCAUCUGCAGGUUUGCAAGUGUAAUUUAUUGUGUGUAUGUGGAGCGUCUUUGAUAAAAAUAAAUGUCUAAUUUCACAAACA